UCAGAGUUAACGCCGCCGCUGGUACUCAUGACGAAGAAUUCGCAAGUUGUAUAAAUACGUGCAUCGGUUACCGAAUCGGAAUCAUUCCAACUUCAACUCUAGAUCUCUAACUAGUAACAGUUAACCAAUAAUUCUUAGCAACAUGUUCAAAUUGUUCGUUGUAUUGUCCGCUCUUGUCGCCGUUGCCUCAGCUGGAUUCCUUGGAGGCGGAUACGGUCUUGGAGGCGGCUACGGUGGUGGCUAUGGACAUGGACUUGGAGGUGGUAUUGGCAUCAGUUAUGCUGCUGCCGCCCCUGCUGUGGCCUACCACGCCGCUCCAGCAGUAGCAGUUGCUGCCCCAGUUGUCAAGGCUAUUGCAGCCCCAGCCGUUGCUACUUCAUACGCCAACACCUACAAGGUCUCCCUAUCAGCUGCUCCAGUCGCAGUUAAGGCCAUCGCUGCUGCUCCAGCCAUCUCAUACGCUGCUCCAGCUGUAUCUUACGCCGCUGCCCCAGCUGUAUCCUACGCCGCUGCCCCAGCUGUAUCCUACGCCGCUGCUCCAUCCGUCUCAUACGCCGCUCCAGCUGUCUCAUACGCUGCUCCAGCUGUCUCCUACGCUGCUCCAGCUGUCUCCUACGCAGCCCCAGCCAUCUCUUAUUCCGCAGCUCCAGCCAUCAGUGUAGGAUACGGUGGUGGUUACGGAUACGGUGGUGGUUACGGACACGGUUUGGGAGGACUCUCCGCCAUCUCUUUGGGACACUCAUACGGACACCAUUAAGUGCACUACUCCUGCUAAAUCCAAAAAACAAAAUACUCAGUUACCAGAAACAAGAAAAAAGAGACAAAAAGCAAAAAAAAAAGGACAAAAACAGCGAAAUCCCAAAAUUCAGUGAACUGUGCAAUGAGGGUUGUGUAACUUUCCACUGUAACUUUUGUUUUUUCUUAAAUUAUGUUGUUUUGUAAAUAAUAUUUAAUGUGUUUUUUUUUUAAUAAUAAUUAUUUAAUUUGCUUGUUUUGUUUUGCAAUUAAUUAA